AUAACCAUCACAAAGUCUGGCUUUCAGCAAGCUGCCUCAGAACACGGCCUUGUUGUCAUUGCUCCAGAUACCAGUCCCCGUAGCUGCAACAUUAAAGGAGAAGAUGACAGCUGGGACUUCGGCACUGGUGCGGGCUUCUACGUGAAUGCCACUGAAGACCCCUGGAAAACAAACUACAGAAUGUACUCUUACAUAACCGAGGAGCUUCCAAAACUCAUAAAUGCCAAUUUCCCAGUGGACCCACAGAGGAUGUCUAUUUUUGGUCACUCCAUGGGAGGCCACGGAGCUCUGAUUUGUGCUUUGAAAAAUCCUGGAAAAUACAAAUCUGUGUCAGCAUUUGCUCCAAUUUGCAACCCAGUGCUCUGUCCUUGGGGCAAAAAAGUUUUUAAUGGAUAUUUGGGACCAGAUGAAAGUAAAUGGAAGGCAUACGAUGCGACCUGUCUCGUGAAGUCCUCUUUAGGUUCCCAGAUUGACAUAUUAAUUGAUCAAGGAAAAGAUGACGAGUUUCUUACAAACGGGCAGUUACUCCCUGAUAACUUCCUAGCCGCCUGCACAGAAAAGAAAGUCCCCGUUGUUUAUAGGCUACAGGAGGGUUAUGAUCAUAGCUACUACUUCAUUGCAACCUUCAUCACCGACCACAUCCGGCAUCAUGCAAAAUACCUGAAUGCAUCAAAAGCUUCAGGUGGAAGAAUCUCAUUGGGAUUAUAAACCUUGGACUACAUGGAAUUGCUCAGUAAAAGAUUUGGGGUUUCCUCUCAAAAGAUCAUCUUCCUGCAGUUGAAUCACUUUUCUGAAUAAAGAUAUCAAACUUUC